GGGGGCGGCCUCUCGUGGCACGCAGAGCAGGACUUAGCCAGCAGUCGGAGGGUUAACAGGGACCGAGGUGUGAGCAAACCAGACAGAGAGACGGACAGACAAGACAGCCGCUGCGAGGGAAGAGGCUGGAGCAGUCGGCCCGCCGCCGCCGCCUCUGCCUCCUUAGCCCGCCUGGCCAUGCAAGGCGACGCCAGUUGGGAGAAGGAGAGCGGCAGCUGGACUCUUCCGCGGCUAGCCGGGUCCCUAGACUCGCCCGCCAAGUGAAGAAUAUGAGACUCAUUUACACCUGUGGAAAAACUGUUGCCUCUAGCUAUGGAAACUAGUUUCUGCCACAGGAGGUUCCCUCUGGUCUCCUGCUUCCAUUUGCUGCACUUCUGGCUCCUCCUCCUCCUAGCCUCAGCAGUUCCGUUGCACAGCGCCUGGUCUCUUCGGACCCGUGGUCUUCUGGCAGCCCGACCAUUGUGCAGCCACCGGAGCCCCACAGCACCCAGAUCCUUCUGCAUCUGGGAUAAGAACCUGCCCACGGAGAAAACAGGAUUUCACUCUACCUCACUGCGGCUGCGCCCAAUGGUUUCCAAAGGGGCUGGCCAACGCCAUGCCAUACGGCUGAGGCGUCAAGCCCAAGGGAUCCGGCCUGCUACCCCAUCUGGCUUUGAGGAUGGUCCUUCCUCAUCUCAGUACCCCUGGGCCAUUGUUUGGGGUCCCACAGUCUCAGUUGAUGAGGGAGGGGAUGCCAGCUCUGCCAACCCAGGCUUUCCACUUCUGGAUUACGCCUUUGUUUCAUCCAACGGAAUGGCAACAGCACAACCCAAUUCCCACUCACUGUUACACAAUGAAGGGCUCAACCUGCGUCAGACCCCAGCCACACUACCACCCUUCCUCUUUGGACCUCGAGGAGAAGGUGUGGACCCCCAACUUUACGUCACCAUUACAAUUUCUGUCAUUAUCAUCCUUGUUGCCAUGGGAAUAAUACUCAAAUUCUGCUGGGACCGGAAUCAAAAGCGCCGUCACCAUUCUAGUCAGCAAAGUGAAUUGCAGCAGCAGGAGAGCCAGCAGCCUUUAACAGACCUGUCACCUGCCACGGUCAGCAUCUUGGGGCCCUACAGCGAUUCACAGGUUCCUACGCCAGAGAUGGUGGAAAGUGGACAAGUACUGGAAGGCCUGGAGAAGCUGGAGAGUCUAGGGAAGUCCAGUGCCUUCCAGCUCAACAGGAUUCCACUGGUGAACUUGUGACUGAAUACACUGGAAGAAAUAAGGCUUGAUGUCUUUGUAACGAGCUCAAAUGCUGAAUCUUCGAGGGAGUCCCACAGAAGCGGUAGCCCUUUCUUUAGUCCCAUCCUCCUGCAAUGCCACUUCUGGUGCAACAGAAGAGCUAUUGUGGAUCCCUUUGUGUCACCGUCCUUCCAUCAUCACUGCGGACCCGACAGAAACAAGGAUGAGCUCAGGUGCAACCUGCCAGGCUGGGCUUUCAAAAGCCCCAUGGUGCACGGUGAUUAGGGCAGUGUCAUGCCAGCUAAGCCCGGGGGAGGAACAAGUGGAUGAAAGCUACUAGUAUCAUCAUAAUUUUAACAUGUCUCCCUUGUAUCUUGACACAAACAGUUGCAUACAGAUAUUUAUUAGUAAGCAUGCUUGAUACCAAGAGGCAGGAUGCUGUGUGUCUUCCCUUCCUUCCCAACUUUUGUUCUUUUCCCCUUUGUGUGAUCUGAUGGGUCUUCCAAAAGGGCAG